AUGGCACCACCUGCGCCUUAUAGGCCUCAAAAUAAUAGACGGCAAAAUCGCACGGGGUAUGUCGACCACGAUGUUUUCGAAGGCCUACCAGUUCGACAUUGGCGUCGCGACUAUGUGACGGUGGCACCGGCCCCGCCUCCAGAUAGCACCCCCGCGGAGGACGAUACUUGGGCGGUUGAACUUCCCCAUGGAAUGCCCAAGGAUUCUCACCUCUUACCCCAGCACAGUCAAGAUCUCUUACGCGCUGCGCGGUCUGGCCGAAUAUUCAAGCGCCCGGCACCAGCUGAGGAGGAAGAAGUUGACACCGAGGCUAUAUCUGGAGAUAAAGUGGAGAAGAAGGAUGACGAUCCAAAGAAUAGAGGCUUUAUGGCCAGGGCAUGGAAGCAGGUACCGCGUCACCUGGAAGGACCCGAUGUCGAGUAUUUAGCCAAACGGAGGAAAGGCCUUAUCACAGUGGCAUCGCAAUCCUCCGAUACGGUAACAACAUAUUCCAAGGCGACGGUGAAACGCAUCGAUGCAGCAGGCAAUGAGUACAUACAGGACGUUGUGGUUCCGCAGGGUCAGCAAGUCGAAGGGGAAAUAAUCUCGCAAACAAUCAUCCAAAAUCCGAACACUAGGGCAUUAGGUGAUGGACCACUUGCGCCCCCAGCCCCAUCGAGACGGAAAGGCCCGCCGCCGAAAAAGAAGCCAAAAAGCACAGGGAAAGGGAAGAAGAAGAAGGCAAUGGCUCCUACUAGCGCCCCUCAGAUACCAAACGCUGAAGUCGUUGCUCAAAGUUCGGAUGGAGCUGGUGGAGCUGCUGCCCUUUCUGAUGUCAAAACCGAGAAUGAGAAUGGCGCUGCAACUAUAAAGGAUGAAGAUGUAGAGAAGGCUGAUGACCAAAUGGUAGUAUCUGAUGACGAUGAAGGCGAGGAAGGAGAAGAGGGCGAAGAAGGAGAUGACGACGAGGAGACCCCCGACAAUCACGACUCACCUUCUAAACAACCACCUUCACCUGUAUCUGGUAGCGCCACAGCGACAGAUGAGAUUUCGAGUGUUAAUCCUCUAGAUACCGAGAUGACUGGCGUUGCGUCUACCAAUCCUCCGAUGCUUAAUAUUGAUCGGGAAAGAAUGGGGACUAAAGCCGGAAGUCCAUUGAAGAAUGUGGCUUUAACAACUUCUACCCUCGCAUCCCCUCUCGAAUCACCAACCGGCGCCUCUCCAGCCCAACUACAAGAACCCGGCCAGAAAACGGAGCCUGCUGCUAUUGAUGAAGCUGUGCAGCGAGAGGUUGUGGAAACCGCACCUACUAUCCACCAAUCAACCCCACCCGAACCUGCGAUGACUGAGGUGGAUGCAACCAUGGAAACCGGACAAGAAGAGGAUGAGAUGUUACUUGACACCGUUGAUAAUACCAACAGUUCUGAUAAUUAUGGGAACAAAAUAGCCCCCAUCACUGCUCCUAAAAUUGACGCUCCUAUAGAGAAGUCGGAGGUUGCUGGAGCUACCCCUUCUGAGCCAGUGGAAAGCCAGAAAGGACAAGAGACCGAGCCCCGACCACUGGAACCGCAGACUGUAGAGAAAGAAAACGUUGAGUCUGCUCCGCCAGCAGACAACGCCCAGGCUGUCGAGGAUGAUGCCGGCGACUUCCCGGAUCUUUUAGGAGGUUUAGAGAAGAAGUUAAAUGAACCUGUGGCUGAAACUCAUACUGCUGAGCCCGUCUCGGAUGCAGUUGAGAAGCAAGAUACCUGA